AAUAUAAAUAAAUAAAUAAAUAAAUAAAUAUAGAAUAAUAAUAAUAACAAUUAAGAUUAGCUAUUGCUUAAUAGAUGGCGCCACUGUUGUAUACUUACAACCACUUAAUUUCCACUAUAAGGGUUGAAUUUCCAAAAAUCCUUUCUUAAAACUCGGUGAAAUUAUAAUAUUAAUCCAUCCUGAAAAUUUCGACCAGAUCCGAUCUGUGGUUUAGGCUUUAUGUUGAUCCCUCAGGAGGACAAAUUCCUUUAUAUAUAUAUAUAUAUAUAGAUUAUAAUAUUAUAUUAUGCUGACUAAUAUAGUAUGAUAAAUUAUUAUAUUAUGUAAAAUUAUGUUAUGUUUUGCUAUUAUAUGUACAACCCUAGGGAGUAUAUUAUUUAUAAUCCACCCAUUUGGAUGUUUUCUGUCGGGAGUGCUACAAGAGAGAUUUGGAAAGAAGCGUUGCAUGAUUUUUGCAAACGUUCCCAGCAUUGUCGGAUGGACUUUGCUGUACUUUGCUCACUCGUCGAUUUUUCUCUACGCAUCGACAUUUCUGAUGGGAUUCAGCAUAGGCGUCGGCGCUGGUGCAGUACACGCCUAUAUCGGGGAAAUAACAGAACCAAGGCUCAGGGGAUCUAUGGCAUCGAUAACGAAUACAGCAGCUUUGUUUGGAUCACUGUUGGGAUUCAUUUUGGGUUCAUUGUUUGACUGGCGUACUGUUGCACUGUUGAGCACACUUUGUCCUAUAAUUUGUGUAUCAUUAAUCAUUUUUAUCCCAGAGUCUCCCAUUUGGUUAAUCGCCAAAGGCAAAAACGAUAAAGCCGAAAAGGCCAUGUGUUGGCUUAGAGGAUGGGUGGACCCUGAAACCGUUAAACCCGAAUUAAUUACAUUAUUCCAUUAUAACGAAGUAUCUGGAACAAUUGGAAUUGAAGGUAGCAAUUUUCGAGCGAACGACGAUAAUAGUUUGCUGUCAAAAUUAGCCCUAUUCAAGGAGCCAUCGGUUUAUGAGCCGUUGAAAUUAAUAAUGAUUUAUUUUUUCACAUCUUAUACAAUUAACCUUACUCCAGGCAAACCGUUCAUUGGUAAAAUUAUGACAGAAGUCGGCUUGCGGGAUUACCAAAGUAUAUAUUUGAUUAUUUUUUCCGUUGUGCAGACGAUUGGGAGUGUGAUAUUGAUCUUAACUAUACGUCGUUUCCGGAAAAGAUUUUUGACAUUAGUAACGGUAACGAUAAACUCUGCUUUGUUGCUAUUAUUUAGCGUAUACAUCAUGGCCAUGAAAAACAAUUAUAUCGAAUCGAUGGAAUGGAUUCCUUUGACAAUAAUCUGUGGUAUCUACUUUUCUGGGGGUUGUGGUGCAGCAUGUAUACCCUGGAUGUUAAUUGGUGAAGUGUUCCCGAACAAAAGUAGAGGAAUUGCUACUGGCGUUUGUGCAGGAAUGUCAUAUUUACUUUUGUUCAUAUUAACAAAAUCGUACCUAACAGUUGAAAUGAUUUUAAGUAUUGAGUACACUAUGCUUCUAUUUGGUUGUCUUGGUAUUAUUGGAUUAAUUUAUUUUUACAAUUAUUUGCCAGAAACGGAAAAUAAAACGUUAUUAGAAAUUGAAGAAUUUUUUGCAUCCAAUUCAAAGGCCCAAAGAUAGAUUAAAAAAAAAAUAGUAAUUCAUUAUAUUAAUGAAUUUUAAAUU